AUGGGUACAGUGCCACCUGAGACGAAAACACUGCUUCUCUAUCUCUAUAGCAACACCUUCAGAUAUUACUUUAAGGUUUGUUAUUUUAAUGGCUGGAUACUUGUCUGGUCUUUUGUUCUGCUUCCUAUCAUAGCACUUCGGGGAAGAGAUGUGGCAAAUGUAAGAAUCCUUCGCUUCAUGAUGCUCCCUUUGAAAUACCUCUAUGGUAUUAAGAUCAAUGUGCAGGGUGCUACAAACCUAAGCCUGCAAGGGCCAUAUGUCAUGGUCUGCAAUCAUCAACGCAAUCUGGAUUUCCUCGGGAUGUUCCAGAUCUUGCCAGAGAGAAGCACCCUUAUGGUUAAGAAGGAGGUCCUACACUAUUUGGCCACUGGUGUGCUCUGCUGGCUGAGUGGCUUCAUUUUCAUUGACUACAAGAAGAGAGAAGAAACGAUCAGGAUACUUGCAGCAACAGCAGACACCAUGGUUCGAGACAAGCUACGAAUCUGGGUGUUCCCUGAAGGCACUCAAAACUGUGAACCUACCAUGUUGCCUUUCAAAAGCGAGGCCUUCCAUUUGGCUGUGCAAGCCCAGGUGCCCAUUGUUCCUGUGGUGAUAUCCUCCUACCAGCAGUUCUUCAAUAAGAAGAUCAAAAAGUUCACAACAGGGGAAGUGACAAUCCGGAUUCUUCCACCAAUGAAGACUGCAGGACUCAGUCAAUCUGAUGUCCCAGAAUUAAGGGACUGUGUGUGGGAGACCAUGCUUUCAGCUGUCCACGAGCUAUCUGGAGGUCCUAGGAAGCAAACAUGCAUCCCCCAAGAGGAAAACAGCCAAGCAACCUAA